AUGAAUCCAACUGUCUGGUCAAGGUACGGACACGACUAUCCCAUUACUACUCUAUUUGUCCUGUUUGUCGUUUGGAAAUCAGUGAUAAUCCUCAUUACCUUGGCCGCUCCCGGCGUCGGAUACGACACGUCCACGAGCCUCCUGUCCUGGGAAGAUGGAGGUCGGCAAAUCAUAUCAAGCGCUCCAGACGGAAUGUCCAACUUGUGGCUCAAGUUUGUCCGAUGGGAUGGUAUAUACUAUACGCACAUGUCGGACCACGGACAUGUUUUUGAGCAGGAGUGGGCGUUUGGCAUCGGCCUAUCGACGGCGAUAUCCUGGACCAGCGAGCGUCUCUCGGAGCUGGGUAUAACCCUAGAACCUUCCUCGUUGUUGGCUGGCGUCUUGUUGUCACACCUGACCCAUUGGCUGUCUGUUGUCCAAUUGUGGGCCUUAACAAAAGCUCUGAUCGGCGACAAUACCAGCAAUUCUCUGCUACCUUUCUCUGCCGCUGCGCUCCAUAUCAUCUCGCCGGCAGGCGUAUUCCUUUCAGCGCCUUCUUCCGAAAGUUGUUUCGCAUACUUGUCGAUGUCCGGCUUCCUUGCCUACUUCCACGCGACCCGCUAUUUCCGCAGAGGUUUGGUCUUAGCCGGUUGUACCACCAUGAUCUACGCCGGUUUGUUUUUCAGUGUUGCCACAAUGGUCCGGAGUAACGGCAUAUUGGCCGGAAUCCCCUUUCUCGUGGAAGCAGUCACCACCCUGCUCGAAAUGCUCUCCCGGGGCCUCUCGGCAUCGCGGCUUUUUCAGCUGGCCUCGGUGGUGGCUGGAGGUCUUCUGGUGGCAUUUGGCAUGGUGUACCCGCAAGGACUGGCAUAUCGGGACUACUGCUACGGCCGCGGGCCCGAGGCCAGAAGGCCCUGGUGCAACCAGACAAUACCGUCUAUAUUCACCUGGGUCCAAUCUCAUUAUUGGAAUGUCGGCCCCUUUCGCUACUGGACCGUAUCUAAUUUGCCGCUGUUUGUAUUGGCGGCACCUACGCUCUCAGUCUUGACAUACUCCGCUCUGGAUGUCCUUCGACGACCGCAAUUUCUAAGCAGAGAGAUGCUACAAUCGCCGACAUCUAGUUCUGCUGGCAAACGCACGUUGCUAAGCCUGGCCCUCCCGCAACUCAUGCUCGCAGUCCUUGCAUUCACGAGCUAUCACGUACAAAUCAUCACGAGACUGUCUUCGGGUUAUCCGCUGUGGUACAUAUGGUUGGCGACCAAGCUUCAAACGGAGCCGAGGCGAACUUCGGUCGUCAUUCGGUGGAUGGUUAUCUAUGCUCUUGUUCAAGCUGGCUUAUAUGCAUCAUUUCUGCCCCCGGCCUAA